AUGCCCUCCAAACCCAAACCCCAACAACCCAACACCCUGCACCUCAACGCCCCCGCCCUAGCCGGCGCCUUUAACCUCCCAAACACAAGCGCCCUGCAAACGCUCCAAACCUCCCCCACCAGCGCCGCAAAACCAAUCCUAGACGCCUGGACCGCCGAGCGCACGCAGUACAAGACCGCCAUCUCGCUGCGCGGCAUCCGCGACACGAAGCUGCUCGCGCUGUCGCAGGAUCCGAAAUACACUGUUAUCCUGACGAGCGAGAUGCACCCUGCUUUUAAUGCGGCGAAGAAUGGCGGUAGAGCUGGUGAUGGGGGUAAGGCGGGCGGGAAUGUCGACGGCACGAAUCUGGUGUAUCUUGCCGGGCUGUGGUAUAUUGGGCGGUUGGUGAGGGCGUGUCCGGAGUUGUUUCCGCGGUCAAGCAUUGCGGGAAAUGAAGGUGGAGGUGACAAGGGCGACGAGGAUGGAGAUGGAGAUGCUAAGGCAAAAGUGCAGCUGGACCCGUAUGAUGUGCUGCAUGGGUGGAAGCUGCUCAAGUGGGUGUUGAUGAGUUGUGCGUCCGGGAAGAAGAUUCGGGAUCGGAAGGCGACGGGGCCGGUGUGGCAUGUGCAGCCUGCUACUGCGACGUCGACUGCGACUGCAGCUGCUGUGAAAGUGGAAGGGGGAGAGGGAGGUGAGGAUGGGGAGUCGGACGCUGUUGCGACGAAGCAGGGGGCUGAUGCUGAGGACACUUCUGAUAUCGUUACCAACAAAGAUGAUCCAGCCGAAACUGGCGCUGAGGAUAUCAAGGAUGAGCCCGAGGCCGAAGCUGAACCUGAAGAGAGUGUCCCGAAGACCGAGGCAGAUAAGAUUGACAGCGUCAUCAAGCGCGCCCUUACGGAUGAUGAAGACUACGAUGCGUUGAGCGACGCAGAGAAGCACGAGGCAAAGAAGGCAAAGCCAUGCUGA